AUGAGAACAAAUGGGGAGUUCAAGAAAGUUUUAAAUAAUUGUGAUCUAAGGGAUUUGGGGUACUGUAGAAUCCCUUAUACCUGGUGCAAUAAAAGAGAAGGCUUAUCAAGUAUAAGUGAGCGAAUUGAUAGAUUUUUAGCCAAUUCACAAUGGUGUCAGCUUUUUCCUUUUCCAACUGUUACUCAUAGGAGUGUGGCCUAUUCUGAUCAUAUACUUUUGUGUGUGGAAACUGAUGAUGGAUGUGAGAUUAGGCAAGGGAGAAAGCCUUUCAGGUUAAAACCUAUGUGGGUGGGGGAGGAACGAUGCAAACAGGUUAUUGAAGAAGUAUGGAGAGGUGACUUAAGUGAUGGGACUAUUGAGGAGGUCAUGAGGAAGAUUGAAGGGUGCAACAUGAAGUUUAAUAGUUGGAACAAAAAGAAGUUUGGUUUGGUCUAUAAGAAUUUGUAA